AUGAGAAGGAGCCGUCAGAGUGAGCUGUUAGAUGAAGAGCUGCAGGUGACAGGCUACACACCUCCUCAACAAGGAGGAAAGUGCAGCAGAGACAGGAGAAGAAGCCAUGCUGGUAAGAGCUGUGGCACCACCACCCAACUCAACGAGAGCUUGGGACAAAAUUGCAGCGGAUCUGCAAAGAAGAGGAAGGCCGACACAACAUCCGAGUCUCCCAGAAAAAGGCAGAGGUGUGCCAGUGGAGCCGCUCAGUUGGCAUUCGAGGCUGUUCCAGCAAAGGGUGUCAAAAGGAAGGCCAGCACCGAACGAGAGCCACUUGGAAAAAAGCAGAAGUGUGGACCCAGCUGCACAAACUGCGAUGAAGCCAUCGGGGGGGCUAACUUGAAGGAGCAGGACAAUGCCGAGAAGCUGGUGGCAUCACAGGCUCCCGAGACAGCAAACAGGGAGCGUGCCCGUGACCCCUCCCCAGGUCCAUCAAACUCCACAGAAAAAAGAGCGAGUGCAUUCCUCCAAUUCGCACACAACAGAGCUUGCUUUGAGAAGAAGUACGUGGAGCGUGGCCUGCUUGGUCGAGGAGGUUUUGGUUCAGUUUAUGCUGGGAGGAGAAAGAUGGAUAGAUUACCAGUGGCGAUCAAACACAUCCGCAAGGAAGAUGUGAAGCGUCAAGAAGUGGACGUCAAUGGCAGGACAUGCAUAAUCCCGCUGGAAGCUUUCCUCAUGCUGAAACUGGGAGCUGGAGCAGCAUCAGUAGGCACUUGUGCAGCUGUCUCUAUACUAGACUGGUAUGAGCUAGAGCAGGAGGUUCUUCUGGUCAUAGAAAGACCAGUCCCAUGUGUGGACCUGCUGAACUAUUUGGUAUACAAUGGUGGAUACCUGAAGGAGGAUGUUGCUAAGAACAUCAUGAAGCAGCUGGUGGAUGCAGCUUUAAUGAUGCACACCAAAGGCGUCUUCCACUGUGACAUCAAGGCUGACAACCUGCUCCUCGAGACCGGCUCCAAAAACCCUCGAGUGCGCAUCAUAGACUUUGGAUGUGGCUGCCUGGUACAGGAAGAACCAUACAGCAGCUUCAGUGGGACCAGAGUGGGUUCCCCUCCAGAGAUUUCCAAAUGCAGGAGCUAUGAGGCUGUCUCCAUCACAGUCUGGCAGCUGGGCAUGCUGCUUUAUGAAAUGCUGAAUGAUGUGGAAUGUUUCACCAUCUCAGAGUUGCUCCGUGGGAAACUUCCUUUAAACAUUAAAAUGUCCCAAGACUGCUGGAAUUUUCUGAGGCUCUGCUUAACUGCAGACCCACAAGAGCGGGCCACCUUAGAGCAGCUUCAGCAGCACCCCUGGCUGCAGAAUCACACUGUAGUCACACCUGAAACACCUGGUGAUAUGCCUGGCCUGUAAUCUUUCUCUCUCUCUCUCUCUCUCUUUCUUUCUUCCUUAUUUGGAUUUUGUUAAUUUACUUUGGUUUAAUUAA